UAUUGAAUAACUUAUGGUGACCUUGGAGUGUCAUUAUUGCCGUUACCUUCGUUAAGGCUUUAGGGACGCACGGGUUGAUGUCGUUUGCCCUCCUGAAAAAGGCCUUCGGUAUCGGGAAAGCAAUCGACGACCGAGAGUUUGACGAGUUUCUUAAGGCAGUUGACGUCAAUGAUGUGCAUGUCGGGCAAUUGAGUAAAUUAUUAAGAAAAAAAGCAGUCCGGUUGUUUGUCCUAAAAAAUGAAGACUCAGGUGUUAUAUUUGAUUCUUCAGUACAAAAGGAUCCUGUUAAAUCCGCUCCAACCAUUAAUAUUGGUCGUCAGCAGUUGAAUCUUAGUGAUAUGGCGUUUGGGUCUUAUUCUUUGAAUAACAGAAAGCCGCUCUUGAAUUCAAUGAAAAUUCAUGAUAUGAGUUCUAUUGGGCAGGUUCUGUUUACUCGAGUUUUUCAUGAAUUUGAUGAGUGGCGAAAGCUGUAUUCAAAAAGUGAACACAACCAUGGGAUCAAGCAAGAGACCUCCGUUGGAAAUCCCGAAUUGUUAAAGAAACAUAACUUAAGGAGUUACAAAACUUUGGCAGUUUGCCUGCUUAUCAAUUUGGAGUGGUGUUCGCCUACUAGUGGGUCGUGUACCAACAAAGCAUGCUCACAAAAGUCACAUAGUCGUCGGAAUUUCUAUCAUCUAUUCAACAAUGAUAUUUCCCACCACAACCAACUAGUUCCUCAGUCGUCUACGGAUACUAGCUUGAAGUUAUCGGCCUUUACCGCGAGACGUUUCUACAAUAUGCUCUUUGAACACUGGGCCCAGUUGAGCUUAAUAAUAGAGACACUAUCAAAUGAAUGUGCAAUAGCCGUAUGCAGCAAUGCUAAAAGCUACUGGGGCACACACAAACUUGUUCCAGAAACACACUGUACAGAAACCAUUGCAAAAGCUUUCAACAACUUUCUGAAUUAUUUCCGAGAUCUAUGUUUACCCAAAUUAUCUUUUCCAAUUUGGCCUACGUUAAAUGUCACAUUAUCUACCGAUUUUGACUCAUUAUCACCCUGCUCUGAUCGAUCACGAGCAGAUUGUGUUGCUUAUUGGCUUAAUAUGGACCCUACAUAUUCCCAGUCAAUGAUCGUCGAUUCUAACCAAGCUUCCAAAGACAGUCUACUCGAUGUGUUUGUGAGAUCAUGUCUGGCACCUUUAAUUAUUAAAGGUAAUAGUAAAGAACAUCGUAGCUUUCUUGCUCGGUUGAUUACUGGUAUUCUUAUGUUCCAUACUGGUUGGAUUGAUGGUUCAGGAUCACGUUCAAAUCCGGGGGUCAGUUGUGGGAAUUCGUCAAUAUCGAAUAACCAGAAUAUGCCCGUCAGGUUAUUGGAUCAGUUGCUCACACAAACAGGUUUCAGAACCAUGGGAACGGAUUCAGUAUCAUUCGGAAGUAUAUUUAACUGCACUGUAAUUUCUGGCCAGUCUCGUGCUUAUUUAAUGGCCCUUCUUCACUUCGCUACAUAUUUCUUGAGAUUCAUGUGCUUGAUUCACACGCAGGAAUGCCUCCCAGAACUUGGACCAGCUGAUCUGUUUGAAUUAGAACAACAGAAACGGCGGACUCGUCUAGGUGCUAAAUCACGUCGUAAAUCUGGGUCGGCGACCAGUAGUAACUCAACUGGUCACGGCGGUGAUGCACAUGAUUCUGGUAUCAGUUCUCAGGAAGAUUUGACUUCUACAUUUCAUUCGGCGAGCACUGGAUCAUCUCCUACACACGUUUCUGGUAUGGCGUUGUGCAUGACACAUCGACUAACUCGUGACCAGUGUCGAAUGGCUGAAGUAGCUGCUCACUUUAUGGUUACUCGGGAGGCUGCAGCAGCAGCGGCGGCAGCGGCAUCCGGUCUAAUUAAUUCUCAAACUUCUGUUGGCACAACACGUUCCACUGACAUGUCAUCGGGAUUAGUAGAUGGUAGCAGUGCUGCUAGUAAACCAUGUCCAUCUAAUAAUUCACCUCGUUCUUAUCAAUCUCGGUAUACUGAAGUUCCUUUGCUGAUAGAAAAAUUCUUUGAUGGUGAUGAAGAGUUGUGUAGUUGUUUACCAAUUGAAGUUAUUCCGGGCUCAGGUAAUCAUCCUAGUGCCUUGACGUUACCGCUAGGAAGAAGCAGCAGUCCAACUUCACCGUGUAAUACGUUAGAUAAUUUUAAAACUCACUGUUUACCAAUCUAUCCACAAUCUGCAGAUCGUUCAUCAAAGCAUUUGUGUACCCUGCAAUCACGUGAUCAUGAGGUACCGUUUUCAUCAUCAUCAAGAGUACGGGAUGGAUCUAAUAUCUUCAGUAUUGAUAAUAUGUCACCAUCGUCAUCGAUUUAUCAUACAGAGGAAGAAGUACCACAUGCUAUCAAUCCAGUUCAUCAUUCUCCAUUGCCAACACUUGCAAAUCAUUCACUAAUCUCCGGUACUGUUACUGAUUUAUACCAUAGUGGUCAUGUGUUACAAGCGACUGUUGAACAUCCUGAAAGUUUCAAAUCACGUUUAGAAGAAAAUUUACUUCAGUGGAUUACUUACGGUCCAUUUAUUAUUAACGAUUUAAAUGACUUAUCAUUCAAUAACUCCAAUAAUAAUACUAGACCAGAGGAAUCAUUAUUAUCCAACCAAUCGCAUCCACCAAUUAAAUCUAGUCUCUUGUGUCAGAAAUCUAGAGAUUGUCAAUUAAAACAACUUAAAUGGUCUGCUACAAGUUUAUUGAUUAAUUGCGAUUCUAAGAGUAUCGAGGCCCUAACGCUUAUUCAAUCCAAAUCUACAGAUUCAAUUUCAAACAAGGAAUCAGAUGAUGCAAAUUUGAUAUUAAGCCAUCAUAGUACUAUUAGCGCUGGAAGUAGUAGUGGUACACACGUUAGUCGAGAUCGUGUAAAAGUAAAGUUGGAUGAGACAGAACCCUUUGAACAACAAUCAGUUCCAAUGACACCACAGUGUAAAUUUGGUUCAUGUAUUACUCGGCGUAUUAUACCAAUUAAACCUGCUCCUUUGGUAUUUCGUCUUAUCGAACAAAUCCAUAUGGUGUUAGAUUCAACAAACUGUUCACUGAUGACUCUGAAACAUCUGGAGGGUAAUCUGCAAUCGAUUUAUCUUAAAAGUUCAAUACUGACAAAUUUGUUAGUUAAAGAAGGCUCAAAUACGCUUCAUCGAGUCGACCGAAUGACCGUUGCUGCAGGGUUAGUGACAAUAAUUAUUUGUUUAUUAAAAUUAGUUUUCAUGCUUACAAGUUAUGACAUAUAAUAGACUUUUUGGAAUUUUGUUGCUCACUUUUUGUAACAUUGAAUGAAUGAUUAGUGACUGGAUGUUUGAUUCCUACUCUGUCUAUGUUUUGAGAUGUUAUGCACUAAGACUAACUUUCAUGUUAUCGGUUUUCCUUAAACUCAGGUAUAUAAACUUGUUGUAAAAAAGUUAAAAGAAUGGAUUAUUGCAUAAAAUGCUGUGGGCAUUUUUUAAAAUUCGUUGUAUAAGUUGACCGGUUAUUUUGAAAAACUGAUUACUUAUAGAUAACAUUACUUUGUAGUAUAUUUGGGUUUAGGGUAAUACUGAAGUCCAUGAUGUUCGUUUUAACGUAUUUGGAUCCAUCAGCCGGAUGUACCUGCAUCUGUGUUGAUGUCCAUAUUAAAACUCAAACUUUAUACUUAUUGUUUCAAACUUCAGUGCGUUGUCUAUCGACCUAAUGUGUCCACUGACUUAUUCAAUGAAUAUAUAUAUUCAGGGUAGAAAUUAUUUAUACAGGUGAACCAUAUGUAUUUUACUUCCCAUGAAGAUCAUAAUACUGCUUGUGGAAAGACGAAAUCCUGUAACAUGUUUCCAAUUUAUCUGAAUUUUUAUGUCAUACUGCAUAAAAGUUGGCACGGGAAGUAUCACAAGAAAAAAUGAUUAGUAGACGUACUGUAGAAUACUAGUGUGUAUUGAUUAUUUAAAACAAACAUUUAUCAGUGAUAAGUGGUAUCAGUUCCGAUUCAUGUCAGCUAUAGUGCUCCAACUUGUGUUGGAUCUGUUAAAUUUCAAUUAAUAAGAUUAUGAAUCUUCACAUGUAACAUUCAAUGACUUUGUAUCACUUCGUUAUUUCACUUCUUUGAAAUGAUAUUCAUACCAGUAUGUUAGUUAGAUCAUAUUCCUGUCAGUACUAAAUGAGGUUAUUUAUUUAUUGGAUACGCAUAAAUCUGGCACAAUUAAGGACCAAAAAUAGAAUGUACCACGCAAAGUACAGAGAUCACAUUAUGAAAAAACAAAAGGUGAGAAAAGGGGGGUUUCAUUGUGCGCGCGAAAGAAAGGAAAGUAUUUACAUGUGGACAAGAAUAGUGUACAUAAAUAGAUGCUAUUCAGCUAACAAUAAAACCGGAAGAGGCCUCUUUCAGUAAAAGGCAUUUCUUUUAUUUUUAUGACAAACAGAAAUCACAGCCAAGGGCUUCUAUUUUCAGCCAUAUCUAAAGGCAUUGAGUCUCACCAUCUUUAUAACCAUGAUUAAGAAGUUUUUAUAAACGGGCAGAUGCCAGUCUUGUAAAACCUUCUUUAAUACAACAGUGUUAUAUCUUCUCUCCAGUUUUUCCACCAAGUCCAAUUAUCGGCAAAUAGUCCACUAUGUAAAAGCCUUUGGAAUGAUACGUCCAAGCCGCUAAGACCAGUGUUUCAAGAUAGUGACACAAACUGAGUCAUCGUCACCACAGUAUUACUGACGUGGUGUUGCUGCUGAAUGUCAGCAUUAUUUCCGAAAUGACGGUGUUAGAACACAAAAAGUCACCGAACAUUCUCAUUUGAAAGGAGCGAGGUGCCACAAGCAUGAGAGAAAACUACUCGAUCUAUACACCAAGACAUUGCGAUCUGUCCGAAAAAGUCACAGUUUAGCAUUAGCCUCUCUGGCUUAUUUGUAGAUUGACUUCGUCAGUAACGUUACCACCAACAGUCACUCAGUUGUCAAGAUACAAAACGUUUUACGACUUUAUCUAACAGGUCACCACAGAGUGAGUACAAAUACAGACUUCUGUUAUUCUUGUGAAAUUACUUUUGAUUUAGAACGUUCAAAUCACAUGACAUACUUGAAGACACUGGUUGACAAAUAAUUAAGUGGAGUUUUCAUACUUGUAUAUUAUCUCAUAGUAGAGCAUUUUCAUCCACAUACUCAAAAUCUAAUAGUCUUUUGCAAAGAAAUACCCUCACCACUACCAUGUUCUUUCAUCAGAGCUGUUUUCAGAAUGCUGUCAAUGGUCAAGUUGCUAAGCAAUCACGAAAUUGGGGAACUUUACCUAACUCAAUUACUGGUUUUGAAUAAUGUGGGACGUUAGUUAUGUACUCUCAUUUUACCUGUGGUAUUUUGUACAGAGCUUGUAGGAUAUUAAGAAACUCAAAGGCUCGGUCCUGUCAAAUACAAUGAAAGUGGCUCUAGUAUAAAAAAGACAAGAUGUUGUGAAUUACAUAAAUAAAUAGCAAUUGUUGUCUGUUCUGUUCAAUAUAUAUAUUUUUUGUUAAGAAGCAGUCCAGUGAUGUACGUGUUUGUAGUGAGAUUUUCACAUAAAAUUGAAUGGUUCAUUUCGAUUUCCAAAUCACGUGCAUUUUGUUUUAAAAAAAUAUGCAUCGUAAUUCCAUUUUAGUGAAUAAUGCUAUUUUUGAAACAACAUAAUUAGUUAAUAGAGUUCAUUUCCAGAAUUAUUACUUAUGAUUUUGUUUGAUUAUAAAUGGUUAAUCCAACUUCUUCUAUUUCAUUAUGUGAAUUGCGAAAUGUAAUUCUUAUAUCAUCAGUAUAACAACUAGUUUUUCUUUUCUGGUUAGCGUUUUUUUUAGCGAGUUGGUUUUCUA